AUGGGGGGUGAUCUGAACCGGGACUGGAGGGGUCUGAACCAGGGCUGGGGGUCUGAACCAGGGCUGGGGGGGGUCCGAACCGGGGCUGGGGGUCAGAUCCGGAGGGAGCCGUCGGGGCGGUGCCGCGGGGCGGGUCCGGCCGGUGCCGCCCCACCUGGCCGCGCCGAGCCCGAGCGCGGUGGCGGUGGCGGGCGGUGGCGAUGGCUCUCGGGGGGGUCGCGGCCGCGGGGCCGGCGGGCGGCGGGGGGCUGGGUGCCGUGCUUGGCGCUGGCGCUGGGCUGGGCGCUGGGCUGGGCGCUGGGCGCGGAGCCCCCGCACCGCUGCCGCCCCGACACCGCGCUGCUGCCGCCGCCGCUCCGCCGCCUCGGGGGCCCCGCGCUGCUCCGCGCCGCCGUGCCGCGCCUCCGCGGCGGCUGGAGCCCCUGCCAGCUGUACCGCUACCCCUCCGGGGACCCCCGGCCCAACGGCACCGGGCCCUGCACCCGCGGCUGGCACUACGCGCUGCCCGCCGCCGGCCUCCGCGCCAACCUCGUCACGCAGUGGGACCUGGUGUGUGCCUCGCGCUGGAAGGUGCCCCUGGAGCAGACCACGCACCUGCUGGGCUGGACCCUGGGCAGUGUCACCGCCGGCCUGGCCUGUGACAGGUUUGGCCGCCGUCCCACCUUCCUGCUGUCCCUGGCGCUGGCCGUGCCCGUGGGCCUCGGCGUGGCACUGGCUGUGGACUUCCUCAUGGUCCUGGUGGCGCGGCUGCUCUUCGGGGCCGCGCUGGCAGGAGCCUUCCUCGCCCUCUACGUGGCACGGCUGGAGCUGUGUGACCCCCCGCACCGGCUGGGGGUGACCAUGGUGGCCGGAUUCUUCUGGAUGGCCGGGGAGCUGCUGCUGCCGGGGCUGGCCCUGCUGUGCCGGGACUGGCGGGUGCUGCAGGGCGCUGUCACCAUGAUCCUGGCACUGCUGGCUGCCAGCUGGUGGUGCCCGGCCCUGCUGCUGGAGUCCCCGCGCUGGCUGCUGGCCACACGGCAGCUGGAGAGGGCCAGGAAGACUCUGCAGGCGCUGGCCGAAGACAACUGUCCCCAGGACAGCCUGCUCGCGGAGCUGGAGGCCCUGUCCGAGGCGCCCCCGCGGCCCCGGUACCACUCGGUCUGCGAGAUCUGCGGCACCAGGGUCAUCUGGAAGAACGGCGUCAUCCUCGGCUUCGCGGCGUUCAUCGGCUCCGGCAUCCGCCACUGCUUCACCCGCAACCUGGUCCCCCACCUGCCCCACUUCUUCUCCUCCCACCUGGUGCUGCUGGGCACCGAGGCGGCCGCCUGCCUCUUCGUGUGCCUGACGGCCGAGCGCUUCGGGCGCCGCGCCAUCCUCCUGCUCUGCACCGUCCUCACCGGCAUCUCCUCCCUGCUGCUGCUGGCCCUCACCCAGUACCUGCUGGAGCUCAUCGUCCUCACCCUGUCCGUGGUGGGCACGGCCGCCUCCCACGCCGUCACCAUGCUCAGCAUCUUCUUUGCCAGCGAGGUUCUCCCCACCGUGGUCAGGGGCGCCGGGCUGGGCCUGGUCGUGGGGGCCAAUUUCGUGGGCAAGGCGGCGGCGCCCAUCACCGCCAUCCCCAACAGCCGCGGCUUCUUCCUGCACCACGUCGUGUUCGCCUCCUUCGCCAUCCUGGCCGUGCUCAGCAUCAUGCUGCUGCCCGAGAGCCAGGGCCGGGGGCUGCCCCAGUCCCUGCAGGACGGCGAGAGCCAGCGCCGCCCGCCCCUGUUCCGCCGCCCCCCCCGCGAGGACCACCUGCCCCUGCUGGCCCCCCACGCCAUCCCCCGCGACUAUUCCCGCCUGGCCGCCUCCACCAAGAGGACGCUGCGCUCCCCGGAGCCCCCCCGCGAGAUGUAGCCGUGCCCCCCGCGCUCCCUGGGGCUCUCCCGGCUGCUGGGGGGGGCCGAGCGGGGACCCCCGCCCAGGGAUGUAGGGGGAGCAGCAGGAGGCGGGGGCUGGGGAGCAGCGCCCACCCCGCGGCGGGGCUGGGAGCCCUGGGGUGGGGGAGAAGCCCCCCGGGGGUGCUGCCGGCUCCCAAUAAAAGUGCCUUGUUUCUA